AUGGAUGGCCAGCCUCGGUCCCUCGGAACUGCAACCAAGAUUAAAGAUACCAAGCAAGAGAACCCUGAGAGAGCGGAGGGAGGCAAACCACAAGUUGCGCAGCUAGGAAAGGAAGCAGGUUUUAGGGGUGUGGUCCGUAUUCGGCGUCGAAAAGCUCCCUAUCUAGCGCCGCCCCAGCAUAACGUCCCUCGAUCGAGCUCCAACAGUUCCAAACCCCUGGGCACUCCCAUCUCCACUAGUCGAGCCUCCCCUUCGCAGGCGCCCGGAACAGCAUACAGAAAUCAAAGCAUCUUUCCAUCGUCCUCGCGCGUUAUAACAUUGUCCACCGUCCAACCGUCUGAUAGACCAGCGGCCCGUCCAUCAAUAGAACGCCGGGCCGUAAUUUCGCCCAGACCGAGCAGUGAGAAAGCCGACGGAAGCGCCUUGGAGAAGGCCACAGUGGCUGCGUCUGACGGGUGCUCUUGUACGGUCGAAGACGCCGAUCCAAGCUCAAGGGUAUAA